AUGGCUGUAACACACAACAGCGUGUAUUUAGCGUGGCUCUUCUUGACUGUGUUCUGUUUCGUUUCUAGCAAAGAAAGGAAAUGCGAAAAAAUCAAAAUCCCCAUGUGCCAGAGCAUUGGCUACAACUUAACUUCUAUGCCAAAUAUGUUUAAUCACGACACGCAGGAGGAAGCAGCGCUGGAAGUCCACCAGUUUUGGCCUUUGGUCGAAAUCAAAUGUUCGCCGGAUCUGAAGUUCUUUCUCUGCUCCAUGUAUGCUCCAAUGUGCCAGCCGAACUUUAAUAAUGAUGUUCCCCCGUGUCGUUCGAUUUGCGAAAGAGCGAGGACUGGUUGCGCGCCUCUGAUGCGCCAGUAUGGCUUUUCGUGGCCCGAAAGGAUGAAAUGUGAAAAUUUUCCCCAGCUCGGGGGCAACAAAUUAUGUAUGGGUCGUAACGCAACCGACACCAACCAAACGUCAACCAAAACAAAAUCGCGUACGCCUCUUGUUACCGAACCGACGAACACCGCUACACCGCAUGUGAAUGCUGUGAAAGAAAGUCACCAUCAUGGCAAUUGUUGUUCGUGCAGGGCUCCGUUUGUAUCAGUCAAGGACGAACGAUUCAAACAGACUUUACGGGACGUUUCAACGGGGGGUGUAUCAAGCUGUGUGAUGCCCUGCAACGGAACGUAUUUCACCGCGGAUCAGGAAAACUUCGCGUCGUUCUGGAUCGGUUUGUGGGCUGUUCUGUGUUUUAUAUCAACCCUUGUGACUUCGUUGACGUUCCUUAUCGACAUGCACCGCUUCAAAUACCCUGAGCGACCGAUCAUCUUUCUUUCGUUCUGUUACUGUUUCGUGGCUAUUGGUUACAUAAUUCGUUUCUUGGCUGGAUACAAAACCGUUGCUUGUGAUUCCCAAGGUUUAAUGCGCUACGAAACAUCAGGACCAGCUCCGUGCACCAUCGUCUUUCUACUAAUUUACUUCUUUGGCAUGGCUUCUUCGCUGUGGUGGGUCGUACUAUCGUUUACCUGGUUUCUAUCCGCUGGUAUGAAAUGGUCAACAGAGGCUAUAACGAACUAUUCACAGUAUUUUCACGUCGCUGCUUGGCUCGUUCCGGCUAUUCAGACGAUAGCAGUUCUUGCUAUGUCUACGGUAGACGGCGAUCCUGUUAGCGGGAUCUGUUUUGUUGGAAAUCACAACCUCCGAAGUCUAAUUAUUUUCGUCGUAGUCCCGCUGGUUAUAUACCUCGUGUUCGGAACUUCCUUCCUAAUGGCAGGUUUUUACUCAUUGAUUCGCAUUCGGAAAAUUUUACGCAUGCAGUCUGAUAAACUGAUCAAAACCGACAAAUUAGAAAAACUUAUGAUUCGCAUUGGAGUUUUCUCGGUUUUAUAUACUGUCCCAGCGACCAUUGUUGUGGCUUGUUACUUUUACGAAUUUGCCAACAGGGAAAGUUGGGAACGAUCGGCGAUAUGUAAAGACUGCAGUGGGCAGAAACAAGUUCGACCCGACCACUCUGUGUUUAUUAUAAAGUACUUUAUGGCUCUGGUCGUCGGAAUAACGUCAGGGUUUUGGAUCUGGUCUGGAAAGACAAUAGAAUCUUGGAAAAAAUUCUUACAUCGUCUAUUCGGCCUUUCGCAAGCUCGAAGGGAAAAGGUUCCAACGCUGACUGUGACGGCGACUGUUUGA